AUGGUGCACACGAAUCCUUUGAGAUCGAGUUUGAAGGAGAUACAGAGGAAAAAAGAUUCGUUUAAGAGAAGGGAUCUAGAAUCUCAAGAGACAAAAGAAGGCCGAAAAAACAACAGAAUAUGGUGGAUACUUGGGAUUGACGUACCAAUAUUCACAUUAGUCGCCGCCUUACUAUUACUGUUCGAGCUGGGUGUUAUACUCCAACACAAGAGCGGCUUCUUCUGCAACGACCCAGCUCUGUCAUACAAGUUUACAGGAGACACGGUCACUACAGAAGUCAUUGUUAGCACAAUCAUCAUACUGCCGUUUAUAUUAGUGUUUUUAACAGAGUUCAUAUUGUUCGAUUCCGUAUACACGACGCAAACGAGAUUACAAUACGUGUCAAGACAAACUGGUCGGUUGUACGGCAGCUAUGUGUACGCUGCGUUCUUUAACUUGACGGUAGUCGAAGUGAUGAAGGGCAUUACUGGGAAUCCCCGGCCAACCUUCUUUGACAUCUGCGAACCGGAUACCGCUAAAACAUGUAAUGGGUCGGAGUUCGUGAGUACAUUUGAAUGCACGUCUACCCGUUUCCCGUCUUGGUUCCAGCGUGAUUCCUAUCACAGCUUCCCCUCGGGACACACCUCUCUAUCCGUGCUAUGCGGAUUCUUUAUGGCGUGGUACCUCCAGCGCCGCGUGUUCUCAUAUCACCGUCGCUCGCUGCUAGUGGUCCCGCUGCUCCAGGUGUCGUGCGUGUCGUACUCCGCGCUGUGCUCCCUCACACGCGUCACCGACCACCGACACCACUGGUGGGACGUGCUCGUGGGGGCGGCGGUGGGGGGAAUCAGCUUGUUAUAUGCGGUAUACGCUCUCUGCGAUAAUUUCACAAUGCCACGAAAAACUACGGACGAAAUGACGGUCAGCCAACACACUGUAGGGAGUUUGGUGUACAGAGAAGAAAGGAACUAG